AUGACUGAAAGUUUUUUGGAGGCCUUCCAAAUUUGGACUGACAAGGAGCUCUACAAUGCCGUUGAAAUGACGGCAAGUCGGCACAUGAGGGCUGCAUUUGAGAGCAUCUACGAUAACCUUGCCUGCACCUCAGAGGGAGAUCCUCCUCAACUCUUUGUCGACAACCACAUCAAAACAUCAGACAAAUGA